AUGAUGCGCGAGAAACACAAUUCUAAGGUUGUCGGGAAACUACUCCGCUUCGCGUUGAGUAUUUGUGGAUUUUACAGUGAAGAAUCCGUGCAUCAACGUGCCGCAGAUAGACUGUACAGCUCAGUUGUCUGCCAAAUAGAAGACUCGAACAUUUUGGCGGCUUUUAGGGUGGAGAGUAACUUUCAAGGCAUAUACGGAAUGAUAGUGCUCCAUGUUUGGAUGUUACUCAGUAGGCUUCGUUCUGAAAGGGAAGCUGGGAAGGAACUCAGCCAAGCGAUGUAUGAUAUUUUUCAGGAAGAUGUUGAACGGCGCUUGCAUUUAUAUGGACUGAGGGUAAAUACGAAAAAAUGGCUUCGUGAAUUAGAGUAUUCUUUCUAUGGAAGUGUGCUCGCAUAUGAUGAAGCCUUGCGGGGGAAGCCCGGUACCCUUGCUGCUGCACUUCAGCGAAAUGUAUUUCAAGAAAGAGGAGAUAUUGUGAAGGCUGAGGUGCUUGAACGAUACGUCCGCCGUGAGCUUAGUUGCCUCAAUUUGACAACGACGGAAGCAAUAUUUGAGGGCCGAAUACAAUUUUCAGGCAUUAGACACUUUCAGAAUCUCUGUUUCCAUGUUCAAUCGAACAAUUUAACAGGAAUCCGACCUUGAGACGCCAGAUGCUAGCUCACAUAAAUGCCAUUUGGUGAUACAUUAAAAUGAAUUCUUGUUCUUUCCUUAUUUCUAGAGUAGACUACUCAAAAUUUGUUGGUUUGCGAGCUUUCAAAUGACUGGACUCUAAGCUGAAAACUCGCGAUGGUUCUGCAAAGCACCAUAGCAAGUUGCACUCGGUAGCGAUCGGGUGGGGUAUUACGAACGUAAUAGUUUCGCUCCAGGGCUCGCGCACUGCAAAAGACUUUUCAAUUAAGACUCAUAGGUUCACUC